AUGGCCCUCUCCCCCACGAGUGUGUUGAACUACACUUACAAAAUUCAGGGACUUUGCCAUUAUGAGUAUACCGAACAAAAAUACGUGGGUGCUGAGAAAUUGGCAACUCAACCCAGAACAGCCCCAGAUCUGUCAACAAGUCCAUCCCAGUCGUCAUCCGACAACACGCCUGGUGGAGAGGAGACGUCCGUCACUGCUCAUGAGCUAUCCAAGCGACUCGGUUACUCUGUCAAUGUCAAAGGGACCCUUGAGAUUGUUUCCCAACUCGGGGCAUUGAGCCAUGACUCAGCCUCCCGCGGUGGAAGGCCACGGAACCAUGAUGCGGCAGUUCACUACGUGAAACUCGUAAGGAAGCUACCACAAAGGGAGCACAUUAAUAUCCUUGUGGAAUCGUUCUUCAACAAUGUUGCAUGGCAAUACGAUGUUAUUGAUUACUCAAGGUUCCGGGACGAGCUAUCAAACUGGAAUCACAUCUCCUCCGCAACGUUGAAUCUUGGCCCCGAGAACUUGUCUGUCAGCAUCCGGGCCUUCCCUGCUUUACUCCUUCAGGUUCUUGCACUCGCAUUGCAAUUCCACCCUGAUGAAAACGACGAAGCACUGCAGGGCCUCAAGUACGCACCUGAUAUCGACUUUGCCGACCUGGCGGCGGAUUAUAGCAGUGUGGGCCAUCAAAUCAUGGUGAUGCUUGGGAGUAAAGACAUCUCUCUCAACAGAAUUCGGGCUGGACUGAUGGAGGCAUUUUUCGAGAAGAGCAAUGGCUCAGUUAUCGAAGCCUGGCACACACUUGGAAGAACGAUCCGAGACGCCCAAGAACUUGGCUUGCACACACGUAGUGUUUGGGAGACAAGUCCGCCUGCCGAACACGAUAUACAAAUUCCGGUAUUCCCACUGGAGAAGAAAUUGUGGUUUAUGUUGCAUCUCUGGGACGCGCACAUGGCUGUUGUUCUCGGGAGGCCCAUGACGACCAGAUUGGACUCGAGCUGCGUGCCCAAGGUGACGAGCCUGACAGUUGCGCCGCAUCCGUCAGACUUAGACGACGUAACGAUAUCCCCAUUCGACUUCAUGGUAUGUGGCUAUCAUGCUGCUUACAGGUAUCUACAGGAUAUCCACGAUCUUGGGGUUGAGAACAAGGAUGCGCAAGAGACCGUUCAGAAAAUACACAACGCCGUGAUCAGCAAUAUUUCCAAACUCCCGGCAUGGGCAACCUCUGCAACUCCGGUACUCGACGGCAGAUACCCUUGGCUCCCUGCGGCUCGCGAGACACUCAUUACUGAGGUCUAUUUUGUCCUGCUCGCACUGCAUCGCCCUUUCAUAACCACACUGUCUGCAAGUCGAGUAGAGGCACACACGGCCGCGCUGAAGAUGCUUGCGUCACAAAGCAGGCUGUUCGAACACGCGGGGGCUUUACUUUAUAGGGGAUUCGCUCUUGUCUUCUCUAUAUUCGAUGCCAUGGUUCUAGUGGCAGCAACCUACAUUCGAGCCCCGGAUGAUGCGCAACAUCUUCUGGCAGAAUCGGUGAACCGCUUGGAAUGGGGCUUGGCAAGGCUAGAUGCAAUGAGGCCGCGGAAUGCCAUGGCAGGAUUCGCUUAUGAUGUCGUACUGGCGCUCUUUCGAAAGAUGAUGAACGGAGUCUCCUCCCCAGACCCUACUUCUCUGGGAAACAAUGAGCCUGAAAGCCAGUACAGAGCUGUGGAGGCGCUGCCUCGGAAUCACGCUGCACAAGUCGCCUCAAGUCUUGAGCAGAAUUCAAACGACGCAACAAUGCAACAAUCACCAUACGACUUCGUCUCCCAGGACCUGUUACUUGGAGAGAUCUUUCCUGCUGAGUGGCAAGAGAUAACCAUUACUGAAGCUGAGAAUUACGGGGAAGCAUUUCCCGACAGUCUUUGGCAAUUAAUGGACGAGCUCACUUAG